ACCAGCAGCAGCAGCAGGGGAAGGCGAGGGCAGAGGCGGAGGCGGCCAUGGCCCAGGCCAAGAUCUCCAGCCUCAAGAGCCAAGGAGGAGGAGGCGGCGGCGGCGGCGGCGUCUCUUCUUCUUCCGAGGGAGCCCCGCAAGGAGCAGGAGGCGUUGGCGUUGGCGUUGGGCAGGGGCUGCGGGGUCGCUUCUUCCGCUCGACUUCCAUGGCGGACCGCUCCAGCCGCCUCCUGGAGUGCCUCGACCAGCUGGAACUCAGGGUUGAAGCUUUGCGUGAUGCAGCAUCUUCAAUGGAGCAAGAAAAAGAUACCCUUCUGGAAAUGAUCCACAAUGUACAAAACAGCCAAGAUAUGAGGAACAUCAGUGAAGGUGAAAGAGAAGAACUCAGUCUGACUGCCAAACGCCUGAUGGGCAGAACCCUUACAGUUGAAGUUUCUGUAGAAACUGUCCGAAAUCCGCAGCAGCAGGAGUCCCUGUUACAUGCCACACAGAUGAUUGAUGAAAUUGUCAGUAAACUCUUGGAUGAUUUGGAAGACUCCAAGAGCCACUUAAUGUCACUUUAUGGUGCAUGUAUGUCUGAGGUGCCAUCUGGACCCGUGAAUCAAAAAUUCCAAUCCGUUGUAAUUGGAUGUGCUAUAGAGGAUCAGAAGAAAAUCAAAAGACGCCUAGAGACUCUGCUUAGAAAUAUAGAAAACUCUGAAAAAUCUAUCAUGUUAUUAGAGCAUUCGAAGUCAACUGCAAAGCAGCUCUGCAACAAUGGAAAAGAUUAAAAACUAAAUACUAUUAUGAAACUGAAUGUUUCCAUAAUGUACGUAAAAGCAAAGCCAAAAAAAAGUUAUGUAAACAUUUAAAGUCAUAGGGUUUGUUAGUGCAGACCUGACGAUGUCCUCGAAUUUGAGAAGAUCUUGUAGCUCUUAAACUGGUUCUUGGGUCUUUGCAGCACCAAGAGGCAUAGCUGGAAAGAAUCAUGGAAAAAUAUCCUGAGGGUAAAAAAUGUUACUGCUUCCCUGCCAUAUAAGAACACCAGUUUAUAAAAUAGGUUUAUAUGACACCUAUCCAGUGGCAACUAUAGGAACCAGAGAAUCAUAUAGACAUCCAGCAGUAUUAUGCUAUGACUUUUGUUCCCAUAGCAGUGUUACACAAUUGUUUUACUUAGUAUAGGGAAUAUUCCAUAAAAUGAAAAUGGUGGAUAUAUUUAAAUUAUUAAGUAGCUAUAGUUUAAUUGAGGCAUUAUCAGUAAGAGGAGGCAUUUUAUGUCCCAAGUACACAAUUUUUCAUAAGCUGUAUCCUGUUUUGUCCUGUACCAUUAGCUGUUAGGUAUUUUCAUACUUGUAGUGUAAAGUCAUUUGUUAUUGCUACACUCUGGAAACUCAUUACUGGUUGAGUCUCCCUUAUCUGGAAUUCCAAAAUUCAGAAUAUUCCAAAAUCCAAAACUUUUUUCACGGGUGGCGGAGAACAGUGACACCUUUGCUUUCUGAAGGCUCAGUGUACACAAACCUGGUUCCACACACAAAAUUAUUAUUGUAUAAAAUUACCUUCCGGCUAUGUGUAUAAGGUGCAUGCAAAACAUAAAUGUUUCCCAAGCAUUUCAGAGAAAGGAAAACGUAGCAACUUUUUCAGUUCUCUAGAAAACUUCCUUCCUUCUCACUUGUUAUGUGCAAGAAAUUAGUCUGUCACAUUUCCCUCUCCCCACCCUUUUUGGAGAGUGACCUUGCAUUUGAAAGAUUAUGGGGUGCGAUUGCUAUAAUAAAUUUGGGGGGGGGGAGAGAGCUGAUGUGCAACUUUUUUUCUUGCUGCAGAUUCAUAAAUAAAAGUUUGCACUCUACACUGUUAGCACUUCAGUAUCUCCCUUUUAAAUUAUAUUCACGUGGUAUCAAUACUUCUUAAUUUCUAAAAGGAGGUAAAAUAUUUUAUAAUUUCUUUACUAGCCUAUAUUUUAGUUGCAUGCAAGAUUUCUGUCUACUCAGAAAUAAACUAUCAAUUCACAGUAAUGGAAUUGUUCAUGGAUACACAAGAGGAACAGAUAAUUUCCCUUUCAUUUUGUUUCACAUUACCUUCUUGAGCAGAUUUUCUAGGUGUACAGAGAGUUAGCAAAAACAGCCUCUCCUCCGCUUCUGGGAGAAACCCCUCAGAGGAUAUUUUUCAACCCUGUAUAUUGAAUAGGGGGCUAGUUAGUAGAUUGAAUAGACAAUUCUGUAGUAAUUGCAAUUGAGGUACAUAGGAAAAAAGAGUGGCAACAUUGCCAGAAAAACGUGGAGCAGUAGCAAUAUUGAUAAAAAGAUUAUCUUCUCUCUGUUCUUGGUUAGUUUACGUAUUGAAGUAACUGACACUAUUCAGGAAAAUAAAUUCAGGAUGUUAAGUUGAUCAUGCUUUCAGAUUUGUCAUACACACCAGUGACACUAUUAUCCAUGACAAAACCAGUAAUGCGGGCAAAGGAGAUUUCAACGCACAGUUGGGAAUUUUGAAUAAAAGAGUCUGCAUAUUCA